AUGCAAGCUUGCGAUCGCUGUUACCGUCGCAAGUCAAAAUGCGACAAAUCCAUUCCUACCUGCGGCCAAUGCCAGAGAGCACGCGCGCCCUGUCACUACGUGGAUCGGACUCGGGAGCCGACUGUCCGUCGUGAAGUCUUCGACCGGCUUGAACGACGCUUACGACAAAUGGAGGCCAAGAAUCGCGCCUUAUCAUCGCAGUUGGUUUCGUCUCAGGCAUCCCAGCGGAGUGAAUUUGCCCAUGAACGAGCUCAAGAUUCUCAGCCACUAGCGCAGAGCCCCGACGCGACUCCGUUCCCUUUUGACCGCAGCGAAGUUGCCGAUGAGGUAUCCUUUUUGUCGCGACAGGCUGGUGGUGAUGGCCAAUAUUUGGGCUUUGCCAGUGGGGUUAUAUUUGCAGAUCUUGUUCAGGGCGUUGCUUCGUUGCAUUCGCCCGUUCAGCGUGGACAGUCGUCCACCCAUCGGACAUCUUUGCGAUCUCUAACGGCCCCACAGCCUACCUCCUCGUUAUCACUCGCACAGGAGACUUUACCACCAGAAAGAGUGGCUCGACAUCUACACGAAGCAUAUCUCAGCCAUGAUCACCUUUGCUUUCCAUUCCUCAACCGCCACUCUGUGCUCUCAAACCUUGACCGCAUUUACGCCGAUGGCACUGUUCUCGAAAGAGAUGCUGGAAUGUCAUUGAUCUUCUACAUGAUACUUGCCAUAGCAAUGGCUAGCGCUCAUAAGUGUGAGUGGCAGUCUUUGCCGGAAAGUGAGAACUUCCAGGCUCGUGCCAUGGCACGGGUGAACGAAGUCUUGCAGCGUACCGACAUUAAAGCGCUGCAAGCUGUACUUCUUCUAUGUCAGUAUAGAAUGACAAGUUCCGCGGAAGAAACUUCGGCGAGCUUAUGGCACAUGGUGGGGAUUGCUGCUCGGAUGUGUUUUGAAUUGGGGCUCCAUCGUAACCAAACUUACCGUGCCUUGACAAUGCCUCACGCUAGCAAUAGCGAGCUUCUAGCGGAGAGUGAGACUCGUCGACGAUGCUUUUGGUCUGUUGUCGAUAUGGAUAGAGUUGUCAGUAUUACCUUGGGCCGGCCGCUAGCCAUUCAUCUUGAAGAUGUAGAUACCGCUCUUCCAGAUCCAGAUAUUGACGAAUCGAGUGACAUGGACGUGGAAAAACCUGAAGGAACCCCAUCACCAACGGCAAUCUUCAAUCAUCUCACUCGGUAUCGGAUACUCAGCGGCAAAGUCAUGGUCUCACUUCACAGCCCCCGCGGGCAGACUCACGAUGAGACAUCUACUGGAACAACACGCUUGGCAUUGACGCAAGAACAACGCGCCAGUCUCAGCUAUUUGUCACCCGAGUGGUAUGAGCUGCUAUACUACAACACGCUGCUUAUGCUUUAUCGACCAUCGCCGGCGCUGUCUAGCAUUCCUGCUCGCGCGCCUGUCGUACUCCAGCCUAUAUUUGAUGCAUCGAGAGAAGCUAUCUCUCGAUAUGCAAUGUUGCACACAUCCCAACGCAUCAAUUAUACCUGGAUCACUCUACACGCGGUUUUUAUGGCCGGCCUAUCCUAUAUCUAUGCCGUGAGCCGCCAUUUCCGCGCACGUCGCGCAAGCCCAGAUAUUGCUAGUUCUGCCGGGACUCUUACAGUCGACCCAACGAUACUUGAAGUGGUCAACACCUGCCGAUCUUGCUCGAUCGUACUGGUAGCAGUUUCAGAGCGCUGGGCUACACCGCGUCAUUGCCAUAAGGUGUUUGAUCGUCUCGGUGACGCUGUUCUCGCCGAUGUCAUUUCGUUCUUCACUAAGUCACGGUCGGCUGGUCCACUGAUACCGGCUAUUCAACAAAAUCUACCGUCGUAUCCAUUAGCCGCGCCUCAGGCAGAGACACAACUUUCCGUCUUUGACCCCAGUGUUCAUCUAGCCCCCAUGCAAGAUUGUUCUCCUUCUGUAAUAGGAGUGGAUUCAGUGCUCCGAGAUUGCUUCGAAGACUUGCAGCAUUUUCAUGAUGCAAAUGGAGGUGACGGGCCAAUUCAACAACUUUCUCAAGAUUGGCUACAUGAAAUCGGAGGUAUGGCUUUAGAUGCGGUGCAUUUAUGGGGAGAAUGA